GGCGCGUUGAAGCGGAAGCCAGCAAACACUCGCGCGCUGUAGGGUUGACAUGGCGUCGUUCGCGGUUCAUCUGAUUGAUAAAGUAACGAGGAAGAAGGUUGAGAGAAAGAAAAUCGAGACAGCCAUUUUGAAAGAGCCACAUAUGAAGCACCCAUUACAAAACAGGUGGGGUCUUUGGUUCUACAAGAAUGAUAAGAGCAAAAUGUGGCAAGACAAUCUCAGGCUCAUCACAAAGUUUGACACCGUUGAGGACUUCUGGGCAUUGUACAACAACAUACAGCUGCCCAGCAAACUCUCCUCUGGGUGUGACUACUCUAUGUUCAAGGAUGGCAUAGAGCCCAUGUGGGAAGACCGGAGUAAUAAAUGUGGUGGCCGCUGGUUGAUUACUCUUGCCAAGCAGCAUAGACACACUGAACUUGAUCGUUUUUGGUUGGAAACGCUCUUGUGUCUUAUUGGAGAGGGCUUUGGCUCCUUCAGUCGGGAUGUCUGUGGAAGUGUAAUCAAUAUCCGGGCCAAAGGUGACAAAAUUGCCAUCUGGACCGCCAAUGCUGAGAACUGUGAGACUGUUACAUACAUUGGUCAAAAGUAUAAAGAGAAUCUCGGCCUCCCACAGAAGCUUGUCAUUGGAUAUCAAGCCCAUGCAGACACUGCAACUAAAAGCAACUCCAUAACCAAGAACAAGUUUGUUGUUUGAAGAUAGGGUUUGGUUUAUGAGACUGUGGAUGUCUAGAGAUUUAUAUUUAUAAUAUUCAUAAUGUUAUAUUCAUAUUGUGUUUGUGAAAGAACAUAUUAAGUGGCUGUAACUGCAGGCAUUUAAAUUAACCUUGAUGCUGUUUAAAUUAACCUGGUUAUUAUGGGACUUUGUACAUGCUGAACUUGAAAUGUUUGAGUUGCACUUUUUGUUGUAUUGGAGUUUGUCUAAAAAUGUCAUUUUUGCUUUGAAAAUUAAAACUUGAACAGCUUUUUGCAAAUGUUUCUGUGGCUGUAUACACGCGUGCAUACUGAGAGAAUGCAUUGGCUUUCCUUAAGUUUAAAAUAAAGUCCUAUAUGGAAACA